AUGAUUUUCACUGGAGUCAUCCUUUCUGCUCUGGUCAUGCUUCUGCUUUCUGACAGUGCUCAGUGCAAAAGAGUCGACUGCAAGUCUGACUGUUGCUCAUUUGUGGAGGGCUUUCCUGUGAGACUGAAGGAGCUCCGUUCUGCAUAUAGAGAAAUACAGAGGUUUUAUGAGUCCAAUGAUGACUUGGAACCAUUAUUAAAUGAAAAUGUGCAACAGAACAUCAAUAGUCCUCAUGGAUGUCACAUCAUGAAUGAGAUCCUGCGCUUCUACUUGGACACCAUUCUGCCAACAGCUGUCCAGAAGAACCACUUGCACUCCACAACACCAAUUGACUCCAUAGGAAAUAUAUUUCAGGAUCUCAAGCGGGAUAUACUGAAAUGUAGGAAUUACUUUUCUUGCCAAAAUCCCUUUGAGUUCGCCAGCAUAAAGAACUCGUAUGAAAAGAUGAAGGAAAAAGGCGUUUAUAAAGCCAUGGGAGAGCUUGAUAUGCUCUUUAAAUACAUCGAGCAGUAUUUGGCAGCAAAGAGAGUCAAGCACUAAUAGGAUGUCACACUGGAUUAGAUUCUGGCCAUGAUGACUUGAGUCAAGUCUGAAAUAAUGAAGAAAUAAUGAAGAAUAAUGUAGAAACAAUGGACAGAUCAAGAACAUACUGUAGGAUAUGGCACAAAUGGACUUCAUCCUUUAAUUUAUUGCUUGCACAUCACCAUUCCAUCACACUACUUUAUGAUGCAUUGGAAAGCCUUCCUCUUCGCCUUCAGUUUCUGGAUGUCACUAUGGCAGUGUUUUAGAUUGAGCUAAAACCAUAAAUUGAUGUUUAAGUCACAUUGA